AUGGCGGACGAAGAGAGCGGAUAUGUACAAGCUCGCUUUACUACAAAACAGAAACGGUAAGGAUGUAAGAUUGAAGGUUUUGAUCCAAAAGCCCAAGAAUAAUUUUACCCUUUUCUUGAUUUAUAUUUCUCAACGGAAUUUGGUGCCUCAUUUUGAUUUGUUGUAUAAUUGUGAGCUCAAAAAGUUUAUGAUGAUUAAUCUCAUGCACGUGGGAUAGGUCUCAGACUACAAAAUUUCAAAUGAAGUACGGUAGUUCAAUAAACAGGUCACGCAGCAAGUAAAUUUAUAAUUACAUCAUUUAAUGCAAAUCGGCUAUAUGAUAAAUAAUAAUCUAAUUCUGUUAAUUUUAUUGUAUUCUCAUUUACCAUUGUAUAAGGCUUUGCUUUUAACUUAAGAAAGAAGGGCAAAUGCAAACUACAUGUUAACCUGCCUGUUCAGAGAUGAGAUGACCUGCGGUUUUCUAAUACAACUGGUAUUCUGCCAAAAAAACUAUGUGGUUUAUUAAUUGUUGUUGAAGUAGAGCAAGAGACGAGUGCACCCCCUCCUCAAAAAAAGCCUGGAUCUGCCCCUGCUGUUAUGCCCAGUACUGAGGCCCUGCCGGGGGGGGGCGGGGAUCCCAUGCUGCUCGUCUGAAUUUCAAAAUAUCUUGUGUCGGUGUUUCUCAAAACUUGAUGUCGCCAUUGGAAAUUGAACGAAAAUCCUCUGUCUUUGUUGGAAUUUUACAGAAGGUGGGUAGAGGCGUAUUAUAAAUAAACCACUACAGGUCUGUAGUUCUUAGUUGACUUUAUAUUUAUUAUUUAAUGUUUAGAAAACAGUAACAACUGAUCCAAAAUUUAUCCGCAUUCAACAUUGUGGUUUGUAAAGUUAAGAGAUACAGCUGCGUGAAAGCUGAACUGAGGUUGAAACAGAAAACGAUGGGGGAGGGGGGAGGAGAUAAGGCAGUUGAUCUCACUUCACAUUCAUGGAGAUGUCUUGCCUUUGAACUAGUCACUUUUAUGUUAUUGACACCAGAGAAAGUAUCAGUCACUUCGCUCAUGACCUUUACCUCUAACCUCUUUUUUGUUACCAGUAAAGAGGUUAGUGGACUUCUUACUGAUCGUCCUGUCAAUUAAGUAUGACACUCGAGUCUACUGUGAAGGAGCCAUUGUCUUCACCUUCUUCACUGUCAGACUCAUUUCACUGUCAGACUCAUCGCGAUGGUGUCCACAAGUUUCAUCCUCAGAUAGGAUAUUUGUCUCUCUUUGCAAGUACCUGAUGAGAGAAGAGAAGUGUUCAUCAGAAAGUUUUAUUGAUUUGCCAUAGUCAGAGUUAAUCCCUUACACAGUUUCUGCCCUGAUGGCUACUGUGUCACACUGAACAGUCACAUCGAUUCGACAACAGAAUGUCAGACAAUCAUCAAACAAGGGAAGAAAAAGGGUAACAUUAACAGAAUAGCUCUGAUCAUCAUCAAUAAUAUCUUCAGUUAUUAUGCCAAGUGAAAAUAGUGCUGUGAUGUUAAGGUGAGGUGGGUAGCCAGGUUUUAAUAGGACAACGGAAUCAGUAAUGUAGGAACUGCUCUUAAGGUGUUUCCUCAUUGGUUGCAGAAGACAAUAACACAACAUUGUUUAUCAUUAUUUCCCAUUGUUUCAUGGUUAGGGUAUCAAACCAAUUAUUGGCUUUUAAGGUUAGGAGAGCUGCUACAUGACCCAACAGAAUUUGCAGAAUUAAUACAAAAUCGGUCUGUUUGUAUGUACUUGACUUUGCAUAGGUGAUGUCGCACAAGACUGAGCAUCAACAUUUGCUGUGACAUCUUCGAAAAUUACUGGAACAGGCUUUGUAGGAUCUGGCGUGUAUGCAUACAGAGGAAGUGUUGCCACGUUACGUUGUCUUUUGUGCUCUGGUUUCUGACAGUUACAUGUAGCUGUCAGAUAGUCUUGCUAAAUGCAUUUGUCCAAUAUUACAAAGGGUUUCUUGAUCCGUUUUGGUCAUAAUUAACAACUGAUGUUUUUGAGAUGCUUGGCAACUCUGCAAAUUGAAGGAGAAGUUGAUCAGGUCGCUCAUAAUGUGAUCCACUGCCGGUGAAGUAAUGGUAACCACAAUUAGUUAACCCUUUCAGGAGUUCCUUUAUGGUGGGGCCAAACAGAUACUCAAAUUUUAACAAAGUGGGGGUGCGAUUUGUAGCUGGCAUAUUUUUCCUAAAAAGAUGUUCAACAAUCCAGGUGAGCAGUGAAGAAGGUUGGACAAGCUUUUGUAAUUGAGGAUUCAUGUGAUUUAUGGACGUCUUAAGCUCUUUUACUGAGGAAAGAGCUAGGAAAUUAUACUCUCUGGACCUUAAACAACCCUCUCUUUUCAGUGCAGGACUGAAUGUCUGCCAUUCUGACUGGUGAAAAAGUGGGAGAUACCCUCCAAAGCUUUGGUAAACACCUCUAUAAAAUGGUGCUCAGAGGGACAACCCUUCAAGUGUAUGCCAAAACUACGAUAAAGCACAUUUAUUUACUCUAAGAAUGUGCACAUUGUUUUCCAGUUUCUGGAUCUCUUGCCUUCUUAAGUUGUGGUCACUCUUGUACAAAUUAUGUCUUAUGACUCUUUUGUUUACACUUUCCUGUCAUUCCCAUUUCAACGUGUAUCUUCAAUAUCCGACAGAGGUAUGUCGACAAAGUUGUCUGAAGAGGUCUCAGAAUCUCAAAAGUUCACGCACUUCAUGUUCAAGUAAUCAAGUGAGGGAGACGUAAGGUCACAUAAAGCGUGCAUAUAAAAUUAUAAACAGGUGACGGACUACGUGGUUCCCAGGUCUCCCGGAGUUCUGUGGGCAUGGGGUUAUGUAAAUUUCAUAAAUGAAGUGUAAUGAAAGACCUUCAAGUCUUUUUCUGAAUCACAAGAAAAUUGACACAAUUGACCACAAUUUGGAUUCAAAUUGGUGACAGAAUUGGCCAAGCCACUGUUCUUUGUUGCUAAUUCUUGGCUUUGUUGUCACUGUCGCAAUUUAACCAGGGGAAGUUGUCUCUUGUCACCAUUUCAUUUUAGGCACUGUUUCUACUUUUUUGGCCAUGUUGCUUGUAGGAAUUUACCCUGACAGGACCUCAAUACUGAUAAUAAGUUUUACCAAGAUAAUUAUGAUGAUGAUUUAAAUAUUAAAACUCAAAAGCUUUUGCCUCCAUCAUCCUCUGAUUUACAGGUAUGCAGUACCAGAAAAUCCUUUCUCUGUGCCAGUAAAGGUUGGAUCUCAAGAAUUAAAUGAGCUUAUCAGUAGCUUGCUAGUGUCAAAUGGUAUGUACUUGCUAUGCAACCCAUUUUCGCCUGAGAAAACAGCCAAUAUUUUGUGACACCUUCACUGGUUUCUCCACCAAAUGAGGUCUGAGGACCUAAUGCAGAAACUCCACACCCAGAUCUAGGUAUUGCUUCUGACUGGACGAAGCAAAAAAUAUUAUUUUCAACCACUCAGUAGCACUUAUAGCCAGAUCUAGGACGUGACGUGUCAUAUAUACCAAUAUAUCAGGCGUUAUGAAAUUAACUUUUUAAUAUGCAACUGGUAAGCAAGUAUUUUUUCUCAGAGGGCAAAUUAUUUUUGCCAAAAAUGGCUUGGAAACGCGUUCAACUUGUAUUGAUACCAGCUGUUUGUAUAUUUACAAGAAGAUUCGUUUCACUUUUAAAUUAAAAAAAAAUAUCAGCAUGUCAGGUUUCAAUUCUCGAUCAUUUUCUCCGAACAUGAAAGUCUACAAUAACAAACUUUCAGUUGCCAGCUGGCGACCAGCUAUGAAAUGUGAGAAUAUCACAUUGGUGACCAGGAAGGUCGGACCCUGUGGGGAUCAAUGUCAGCUGUUUUCUUGAGCUAAACUCAUGUAGCGAUAUGUGAGAUAUCCUACAAGUGACUCAAUCAUUCUCAAUAUUGCACAUGAGCCUUAAGACCAACGUAAUGAAAAAUCAAGUUACAUGUUAUACCUGACAAAACAUUGGUUCGCUUAUUUGUCUUAUGCUUAACUCAUUGUCAUGACAUCAAAUGAAUAAGCCAGCACAUGUGGUUAAGCGCUGGAAGAACAUUGGUUAGCUAAUUUGUCUCAUGCUUAACUCAUUGUAAUGACAUCAAAUGAAUAAGCUGUCACAUGAGGUUAAGCGCUGGAAGAAACUCAACUCACCUUUUGAUUUGUGUACCAUUUGAGGGCAAACCUCGUUCGCUGAAUUACCACUACUUUUGAAAACAACUAAUGGGAUGUCACAUAAAUUAUACUCCAGAUAUCAUUAAACUGUUAGCACUCCAAGAAACAUAGUUAUUAUUAUUGUUUGCAUUUGAAUUGUUUUUAGCUAAAUGUGUCCAUUCCAAUUGCCCCAUUUGGACUUAACACUUUCCUUUCCCAUUAUAGAGGCAAUAACAAUGGUUCGCCAUUUAAAUGCCCUAAAACUACCAGGACAGUUAUGAUCAAUAAUCAGGGUCCUCACAUCUUUUCUAACUGAUUUGCCAUGGCUAAUUCUUCUUUCAACCACAAACCAUUGUUAUUGCCAUUCGGAAAGGUAGGAGUGGUUACAUGACCAAACUGAGCACCCAGACCAGCUAUUCAAAAAUUCAAAUGCAAACACCAUUUUUGUAGUUUAGUAAUUUUGGUAGUAUGUAAAGGUUCCUGAACUCUGUCUGGUUGAGCAUUCUUUGGUGGCCUCGGGACUAAGGGUGGCACCUGGCAGGGGUGGCGGCCUUGGGGAGAAUAAUACAGUAUAGUUGUUUGAAGUUAGAGACUGAUUUAGACCAGCACACUGUGUGUUGACUUGUUUCUUCGUUUCAGAAUCAGAGUUGUCAGAAUCAGAUACUGAAAAUGAGAGGAAUUUCCAGUUUGAUUUUCUUAUUGACGGAAUUUAUCUCCAUGACACCCUGGAUAAACACCUAAAAAGUCACAAUAUUACCACAGUGAGUAUUCUCCUUUAUUAACAAUAUCUCUGUCACUCAUGAUUGUAAACUGUUUUACUUUAUUCAUUAUUGAUUCUGCCCACAAUCAAAAUUCAUGACCUUUUCACUGAAAAAUAGUGCUUAAUACAAUUAUCUACAUGUAAUAUAUUAUGAUAUUUACUGUAGCUCUGCUACUGAAUUUGUAUGAUUUUGAUUUUGCAUGUAUACUUGUGUGCUUCAAUUCAUUGUUAAUAAUUAGUUGAGGGAGCUUAUUUUUUAAUUAAGCCCAGUGGUUUUCCUUGGGCUUUCUUGCCGUAAUAGCUUUCUUGAAUAUGUAGAACUUCUUCUUGCUUGGUAUGUUUUAUGGCAAAGCAACAAACUUGUAACUUGAAACUUGAAACUUGUGCUGAAGAACCAACAUUUACUGUCAAACUCGGAAAACUGUGAACACCUAGUAAAACUCCUAAUGGCAGCUCUCUUAAUGAUACUGGUAUCUCAUUCCAAGUUUUAGCUCCUACCCUUGAAAAUGCUCUCUUUUGGAUAUCUAACCUAGAUUUCUUAAUAUAGACGUUAUUUGAUGAGCAAGACCAAGUGUUGUAAGAGUGAAUACUAGUGGUUUCGCUGAAUAGGUUUAAAAUGUUACUGGGUUCCUGUGGAUUUCUUAUAUCAUGCAUUCAACAAUAGAUGGAUUUGUAAUAAUGAAAAUUUAAUGGUAGAGUAUCAGCAUCAGUGAACAGACAGACAGCAAGUUCAUCUCUCUUUGGAAAAUAUAAAAUGUAAGUGGUCAUUUUUGAAGAAUUAAAAUUUUUGUCAGGUAGGAUUUACUCGAAAGUCCCCAUGCUGUUAGUCCAUAAAAUAUAUAGGGCAAUAUUAAGGAUUGAUAGAUGUGCAGUAGAAUAUUUGGUGGCACAAAAUGACUAAGUUUCACAAUAAUACCAACUGAUGUACUUAUUUUCACUACAAUGUGUUCAGUAUGAUAUUUCCAGCUUAGACUUCAGUAUAUUAAAACCCCAAGCUAUAGCACUAGCUGCAAAAUUAUUUCAAGCCCUGAUCAUCAUCGCUAGUCUUAGAAAUGUUUUUAUUUAGAACUUCUACUACUUUUCUGCAGGAAAGUGUUGUAGAAAUAGAAUAUGUUGAGAAGCAUCCAGCUCCUAGGCCUGACAACUGCCUUCUUCAUGAUGAUUGGGUGAGCUCUGUGGCUGUUUGUAAAAAGUGGUAUGUUAAUAAAUUAUGAUAAAGAAGAACUUAAAGCUGUCGACAGUAGGAACUAUGCAAAUAUAGUUGAAACUCUUCACAAUCGGGCCACCUGCGGGACAGAGGAAAAUGGUCGUUAUAAAGAGGUGGCCAUUGCAGAGAGGUUUUCACCCGCCUUUUUUCAUGAGAUAAAGACAAAAGGCAAUGGCAUCAUCGGCGUUAAUAUAUUCCUGUGCAUGUCAAUAAGAAUGCACAAAAAAGGCCAGGAUAAUUCGUUCCUUACCAUACUACUUAUUAUGCUGAUCAUAGCACACAUGAAAUCAGUUUGUGACAUCAGUUUCACUUACUCUCCUAAACCAGUGUAAAUAGGAGAGUGAGUGAAACUCUCCUGAGCAGCCAAUCUUGAAACGUGAGGUCACCAAAAUGGCAGCUUUGUUAGACAACAUCUAGUUCCGUUAUAAUGGCCGUUAUAAAGAGGUGGCCAUUGCAGAGAGAUUUUCCCCUGCAUUUUAUUCGUGAGAUAAAGACAAAAGGCAAUGGCAUCAUCGGUGUUAAUAUAUUCCUGUGCACGUCAAUAAGAAUGCACAAAAAAGGCUGAUGAUGCCAUUGCCUUUUGUCUUUAUAAAACCAACUGACAAAUGAUUUUUUAUUUGUUUUUUUUUUUUAUUCUUGUGUUUUUCUGUUUCCCUAUGCAGUAUUCUUAGUGGUAGCUAUGAUGGAAAUGUACAUGUUUGGGAUUUCACUGGUGAGUUCACCUUAAUCUGUAAACCAAAUAUAUGAUUAUUUAGUUACUCGUACAUAUUUGAAUGUACCAGCUCAAGGUACUCCAAAAAAAAAAAAAAUUAAAAGCUUGACAUUUUGUUUGGAUGAUACUGGAUGUUUGCAAAUGCUAUUUCACAGCAUCAAUGGACCAAGUUUGAAAUAUUAAUGGUACUUUAAAUUCACAUUGACUGUGAGGCUUAGAGGAAUAAUUAUAACAAAAGAAAUUAAUAUUAUUGACGCUUAAGGUACAGUUCAUUUAUUUUAUUCCCCCUAGUCUCUUGGUGAAGUUUGAAUCUUAAUGUAUUGAAACUGGUCUAUUUGAUGGCAAAGACGAACAUAAACAAUACAUUCUGUUCUUCAAAUAGGCGCUUGGAUAGCAUAGAUUAGUAUGAUUGGUGAUCAGUGGAUUGCAUCCACUGAAACCUCUGAAACUAGUAGUUUCUGUGAACACAUGGGUUUGGUGACAUUCUCAUUCUUGCACGCUCGCAAACCUGGUUUCAGAUGCUACUUUAUUGUCAAAAACUAAGGGACUGUUUAUGUGAUACUGGAAUGACUUUCAUUCCGGAGUGAGUUCUGUUCCAGAGUGAAAUUUGUACAGAUUUCGCAUGAUAAAAUUGAACAGCUCAUCCUAAGGUGUUUUUGCUUGUGUGGUUUUCACACCAGAUCAGAUACGCGAGUGCCACUCAUCUCAAACUACAUGAUUUGCGAUUUACUAUCUGGAACAAAGAAAGAAAUUUCUUACCAGAACGGGAGUUUCAUUUGGAAUGAAAACGGGAAUGAACUCAUUCUGGGAUGACUUGUGUGGGAAUGAAAUGUCAUUUCGGUAUCAUGUAAACAAAUACGAGUUAAGAAACACGGAGAUGGAACAAACUCAUUUCAGAAUGAAAGUCAUUCUGGUUUCUUGUGAGCAGCCCCUAAGAACCCGCACUAACCUUUUGUAUAAGUGUACUAACUCAUUGUUACUCAUUAUUUUAUAGGUACAUGCAUUUUAACCUAUGAUGGUCACACAUCACCUGUCAAGAGUGUGUGUUGGAUUGAUAUUGGCAAGUGUUACACAAUAAUUGAGUCCAAGUUAACGGGGGUGUGGGUAAUGUAUUUGCAAUUCCAGUGACAAUAAAAGUUCAAAAGUCCUGUUGUAGAUGUCCAAGCAGUAGUUCCUUUUCUAAAGUAACUGUAAGUUUCUUUACUCCCAGUGGGCCAUAACUCUCCAGCUUCUAGUUACAAACUUUGAAAGAAUAAACUGCUAGUGAGACAUACCUGAAUAUGAGUGACAGACUUCUAACAUAUACUCCUUAAAAAGCCUGCUUCAUUUUCAUCUCUUCAAAAUGACUGCAGUCUUGCCAGCCUGCAGCCCUGGCUUUUGGUAAGUGUCCUCAAUCUAAUGACUAUACCUUACACUUCUUGCCGUGUCUACUCCGGCAGUAGGUGAUGACAAGGGUGUGUUUAUCAGUUCUUCUCAAGAUCAGUCCAUUCGAUUGAAUCAGGUUUGUAGAAUUCUAUUGUGACUGACUUCAAAAUAAUGUUGCUGACAGUGAGAACACUAACAAUGACCUAUCAUUGUUUUUUGGUUGGCUUUACAGUGGUCCUGUGAUAAAAACAAGGCAGAAUGUAUUCAUAUUUGUAAAGGCCACUCACAGAGUGUUGAUACAAUUGCUGUGGAUGUUUCCAAAUCAAAGGUGAUGAAAUAGAUUCUGUGCAUACAGGAGUUUGCUGUUGCCUGUUGCCUGUUGCAUUUAAUUUGCUUAACAGCCGUUCUAAUUACCAAUUUACUGUAUUGAGCUUUCUACUUUUGAAUUUUAAUAAACUGAUCGAUUUUUUUUUCUUAUAAUAUUUGGCCACCUAAUGUGUCUGAAGGACACAAGCUAAGUCUGAGAGUUACCUCUGAAUCUAUUUAAUCUUUUUAUCACUAAUUAUUUUUUUCUUGUAUUUACUGGCUAGUUUUGCAGUGGUUCAUGGGAUAGAACAUUGAAAAUAUGGUCCGCUGGUAAGUUAUUAUAAAAUGUGCGUUAUAUUGUGUUUUUUUUAGUUGUUGAUUACAUUGCUUAGUUUCUGAGUUCCCAUUGGGAUUGUUAGACCCUGUAUAAGCCACUCCUAGUAAAUAUCACACCGGGCACCCAAUUUUACGCGCGUGAUAUUAAAGGACGUGGCCUCAUCACCGAUACAACUGCGACUAAUUCGAGGAAAAUUUGUGAAAAAAAAUGGUAUAAAAACAAGUUAUUCAAGCAUUAUUGCGUUAUAUAAACGCUCAAGCAAGUUUUUAAGAGCAGUAGUUGAAAAAUGUGAAAAGCAGACGACUGUUUGUCUUGCUUUUCUUGUCCGAGCACGGACCUCAUUGCACUCGUUUCCUACUGCGUGGAUCUUGCGUUAGGUGUAUGAAAAGCAGAAGUAACAGUUAACAGCGGAGAGGAUGGUGGGGUGGGGGCAGAAGAAUCGUUCCCUACAUGUAGGUGAUCUCAGACCUAGAAGUUGACAAACGGAGUGCUUGUACGAAACUAACACAAAAUAAUCUUCCCUUCUUCACUUCCGCCCUUAAAAAAAAGAAGUUAAUUCAAAGCUUAGUUUUUAGCUUUAGUUUUUGUUGCCCGAAGCUAUCGAAAAACCAAUGGAUUUCGGAAGAAAGUUCCCCUGGAAAGUUUUUGGAGUUCAUUUGGUUAGUUUUGCGGCGUGAUUGUAAAGCCGAUAAAACUCUGCUCCGAUUGGUUACCAAUCCAUCCAAGAAAAUUUGGUAGUCACGUGAACGUACGUCCACCCGCCCUCCCGCUCGCCCGCUCGCUCGUCUGUCCGUACCAUAGGGAAACCAAUGUGAAAUGUUACACUUUCUAGCUAGUGUGGGAGCCUGCAACCUGAUAUGACACAUCCAUUUUGUGGUCAAUUGACAGCUGUCAAAACAAAGUAUCCUCUGACCAGUAUCAAAUGACUGUAUCGCGGGCUUAGGGGUCGACCCAUCGAGGUAACGUGUUUUUUGAAGUUUACCACUGACAAGUUUCUAGUUUUCAACUGAUUGCAGGCACAAAUCCAGUUGGAUUUCUUUAUUGCAUUGGUUUUCAUAAGCGGGAGCUUCGCCUGUAGCCUCUAUAUAUUAAUUAAAAAAAGACAUUGUUCAAAACUUUGCAGUGAAACACUUGAGUUUUGAAAAUGUUGACGUCAUUUCAGUUUCUAUAGUUGAUAAGAGUACAGACCAUGAAAAAGCGUUGUCGAUUUGUAAAUUAGUUCCAGACUUGUCAGCAUCAGAUGAACCAGAUGAUGAUGAUGUUAAAGUUAAGAAGAAACAGAAGACUGCAGUCACCAGCAAAAGAAAACCAACGACGAGGGUAAGGUGCUGUUUAGCCAACACCAGGGUACUGAUGCAGAGCUGGUAACCAAGGUUUGCUUUUACUGGUGUCGAAUAUGUAGGUUAACCCGUUGACCGCCGUGCCGUACAAGACUACACUGCUUUAAAGCAUUGCAACUUUCUCAAUCGCGCGAACAGUGCCUUAAUUGUCAGUCGUGAGCAUUGCAUAGAAUGUCCUUCAAUUUGGGAUAUACGGUAGAAGCAAGAAAGUCAGCGCUUUUUGCGUUUCGUAAAAUAUCAACUUUUGAAUUUGGACAAGAACAAAAAUGACCGUUUUUAACGUGGGUUUGUGAUGCUUUAGGAUGUAAAAAAAGCUUGCUGUAAAUCACCUACCUAUAGAGCGUGGUCUAGCCGUACAAAGGUGAAUCAUCGUAUGGAUGGAGAGCAAGUACUUGGAAAAUAAAUAAAUAAAAGGUGAACCUCAAACUGUAAACCUGGUGGCAAGGCACCAGUCACGUGACUUCUUGACGUUCACGGUUUGCGGGAACUACCGAGAAACGUUUGUCUUGUAUAACGUCUCGCGCCGUUAUAAUGGCUUAAAAAUGACAACAACGCUUACUUCGGAUUGUACUAGCUGAUACACGAAGCAUUUUUAAUCCUCUGCGACUCGGAGUAUAGUCUCGUGUAAUUGUGGAAGAUUGGAAACGCAGUGAUGUUUGGAACUAGAAGCUCUAGCCUGACAACCGCUUCUCAUAAUCCAACAACGGGGAUUGAUGACAGGUGCCUCCUUUCGGAUGAGAUUUUUAAACUUGCCGGUGAAAAUUCUGUAUUUACCUCACUAAUAAUCCAAGAAAGAAAAUGCAUGUAUUGAAAGAGGAUAGCACCAAAACGCCAACACGAAGCCAGAAGUUAGGGUGGUCCUCAUAGCUACACUCAAUUAUAUUGAAACAAGGUUACUUUGGGAAAAGUUGCCUUUUUAAAGAAGGUUAUUUGUGGCGAAUAUUUGUUUAAGAAUUAAAAGUGGUCAGUUUUUGUUUCUAGUAUAUUGUCCUUGUAAUAAAAAUAAAGAUUUUAUACUUAUUUCAAAACUACUCAUGCAUGUUCUAUGUUUGGUCACGUGCAGACUCCACUGAUGACAUUAUCAGGUCACACAGAAGCCAUCUCAAGUGUGCUGUGGAUGGAUAACAACACGGUGUGCAGUGCAAGCUGGGAUCACUCUAUUCGCAUCUGGGACCUUUCGGCUGGGGUCAACAAACAAACUCUGGUGUGUUUAUAGACUUUACAGACCUUCUUUUCCCCCGUAAGACGAUCUCAAAUGCACGAGUGUAACCUGGAGAAGAGUAUCAAAUGUACCUUGGAGGCAAAGGCCGGAUGUGAGGAGGCCUAUUUUUCACUCCUCCCUUCCCCCACCGCUGUAAAGCCCCCGACGCCCUCCCCCUCGUAACCUACGAGCAAGAUCUCCCGGGGGUAUGGGAGGCGGAGAACUUGUUUGCAGGCUAGCCACUUUGGUACCUUUGAAACCAAGAUGGCUGCAAGUAGGGACCUUAAGCAAGGACGACGACGACAGCAGUGAAAACGUCGGUAAAAAAAUGAAUUUGCGUUCUUUCAAACUUAAUCGCGUCUAUUUUGACCCGCUCAAUAUGUCAAAUGAAGGCGACUUUUCCUGGAGUUGAAUUCUUAAGGAUUUUAUUCAGGUGUAAAACGAUGAAGGAAAAUUCGUCGUGUGUCCACGUCCUUCAUAAAACGUCAAAUUAGGAGGCUUCACGUCGUAGUCGCGCGGUGUACAUCAAAGAAAUGUACUAAAAAGCGUGUCACGUGCAGAGCUGUUGUUUCGAUCAUUAAAUUUAUUGUUUUUUUGAAGUCGUCGUUGUGGUCGUCGUCGUAGUUGCUUAAGCUCCCUAAUAACAGUAAGCGGUCGACCUCAAUGAUCUUAAAGAGAAAUAGGGGACUGUAAACAAUCUAGUUAGUGUGUCAACAUGAUGUUUAUACCUCAGGGUACUCAAACAAAACUGAACCAAAUUGCUUUUAAAACCAAAGUAGUAAUCACUGCUGUACUUUUUUAUUUCGCGUUUUUUUUUUCAGAAUGGAUCAAAGGUAUUUUGCAGCAUUUCGUACUCUCCUUUAUCAAAACUUCUGGUUUCUGGAAGCACUGAUCGACAUGUCAGACUCUGGGAUCCUAGAAUGACUGGUAAGUCAGGAAGAAAAGGUAAAUAUUUUAACUAAACUAGUAAUAACCAAAGCUCGUUGAGUGCGGGCGACAACGACUGAAAGUCGAAACGCUUUUGCUCAAACGUUGUGCUUUCGGUAAGUUUCACAUGAAAGAUGGUCAAAACACGCGUAAUCAGAUUGCGAGUGUUAGAAGGUCCAAACGCUCGUGAUCAGAUUGCGUUCUUUGCAUUCCAUUCACUCUUAGUGGAAGUCCAAACGAAUGCUGGUUACAUACAUGCGAUGCGUGCGCAAUAACAACCUGGAGAUUAGGAUUGAGGACUCCUCUUGUCGCCCGCAAUAACAAUUAUGUUAACAAAAGUAAUUACCGGGCCCGGAAAGCUGUAUUUUUUAUAUGGUAAAACUUCAGUUAACCAAACAAAAUAGACCUUUUUGUCACUAAGGAUCUGCGCUUUUAGUCUUUAGAUUUUGCCGAACAUCAUUAUUUGGCUUCUGCCCGAAAAGUUAAUGGGACUUUCGAGAAACGGGCCCUUGGACUAAGCUUGCAUUUUAUCCACAGACCAAACUUUUCAAUUAUUCGACCGGCUUAGGAUCCCACCCGUGGAAGCGUGUGUGGCCGAGCGGUUAAUACCUCGAACUCUGAAUCUUGGGGUGUGGGGUUCAACCCUCGCCCGUCGCAUUGUUUCCUUAGACAAGGAACUUUACUCCACUUUGUCUCUUUUCACCUAGGUGUAUAAAUGGGUACCGGCGACAUACUGCUUGGGGUAACCCUGCGAUGGACUAGCAUCCCAUCCAAGGGGGAGUAGCAAUACUCCUAGGCAUGUUUCAUGCUACGGAAACCGGUAUCCGGCCGUGUGGGCCUUUGGCGCGUGUGUGCCUUUACCUUUGUUUUAGGCUACCACCCGGGAUAUUGACCGGACAGUUAUUUACAAUAAUCACUGAAUACUUGAAAACCUCUCUUCCUCUUUCAGACGGAGCAGUAGUAAAAAAUACUCUGACGUCACAUCAAGGAUGGGUGUCUUCAGUGGCCUGGUCACCAAGUAGCGAGUUCGAACUGAUUUCUGGGUCAUAUGACAUGACAGUAAAACUCUGGGAUACACGUAGGUUAGUAAGCUAAUACCGGGUGUUAAUUUUCCCUAUUAUUGAGCUUAAGUGUCGCAAAGUUUGCAAAAUCUGUAAAAAGGAGAGAAAAUCAAGUCCUUUCGCGCAUAAGUUAAGUACAUAUGGGUGUAUACGUACAUUGCAUAGUUUUGCAAGCUUUGAGAGAUUUCAACUUAAUCUAAAAACUUAAAGCUCAUCUCUUUUUAUUAGGCUAAAUGCUCCGCUGUACACAAUGACCGGACACCAAGACAAAGUCAUGUGCGUAAGCUGGACUCAACAAAAAGUAGGUGUAGUGAGAUUUGAUUACUUCCGACCAUGUUUCGCACAAAAAAAUACCAAAAAGCGUUCUUGCACACAUAGGCACACUUGCUCUAAGAAUAGCUCACGUUCAAUAUAUUAACAUUCUAACAUGACUCUGAGGCUUUCAUGUCAUUUUUCUAUAUUUGGUUUGGUUUUCUUUGUGCUCUAUUCUCUUCCGGGAAUUGCGAGAUAAUGGAGUCGUGAAAAAUUUUCAAUUUUGCCCCUUACGCCUCGGAGUCGUGUUAGAAUUUAAUAUAUCGAACGUGGGCAAUUUCUUACAACAGUGGCUAUUCACCAUUGGGUUAUUUUUUGGCUAUCAGAAAAUUAUUUAACGACCCCUUAAGUUACAAACCCAGUGAAAUCAUCCCAGCCAUGGACGUCAAAUUUUAUCACUUCUUUGUAUCAGUAACAUUUUAAACGAAAAUGUUCUACUUCCGGAUGUCGCUUUCGUGGUAAAUUUCUUAGAAAUGAACUUUUCAGUGCAUUUCUUUGGCUUUGCUGUUGCGUGAUUAGGAAUUUUUUUUUUUACAUUUCUUCCAGUCAAUUCUAAGUGGUGGUGCUGAUAACCAGUUGAUAAUUUACGAUAUUUCUGGAGGAGGCUGGAGAACAACAGACAGUGAGAUGGAAUAUCAGUCUGCGGACACCACGUGACCAGAAAAAUAAUGAGGAAGCAACCUUUUUGUCACCCAUCCUUUUCAAUGGUUACCAACAACGACUCUGUCUUUACCGACAAGAAACAUGUGGACGUAUUUUUCAUCGUUUUCCGUCACCGUACCGGGAAAGCCAAACUUUACAACGAUUCUUGCAGAGGUCCGUUUUUGCAGUCUGCAAAU